GAAACGCUGGAACUCGCAUAAUAACAGGACGGCAAGGAUCAUCCAUCGGAUUCCACGGGGCAGGGGCAAGUUAUUAACAUUCGGCGGCGACGGCUGGGAGGGGACAAGGCCUGGACCUCUACUCACAAUCGGGGGUUAAACUAGGCCUGUGCACAAAGGGCUGGAAGAAAACAAAAAGUUGUAUUGGGCUGUGCCAUGUUCUUUCGGCUUUGCGGGGGAUAAGCGGUUCCUGGAGCUGCCUACCCGCCGCGUCGAUUGGUUUGUUCUGCCCUGAAAUGGAAUGUGGGCAGGGGAAGAAGUCGUGUCAAUCCGACAUUAUCUCAGUCUACCUUAGUCAAUCUCGGUUCCUAGUUCUUAUACUUUUUUUCCUUUUUUUUUCCUUUUUUUCUUCUCCCUCUUCUUAUUUUCUUCUAUUACCAUAUGCGUUUCUGUUCUUUUUAUUUUAUUUAUUUUUGGGUUUGUUUUCUUUCUUCUUCUGCUUCAUGUGUCCUCAACUCUCCUACAGGAUAUCUGGGGGCCAGCGGAAAAGGGAAAGGAAUCCAAACGGGGACAGAAAUGGGGAGAUGAGAGGACAAGAGAGAGUAUGUAGUAGACCUGUAUGUUGGAACUUGGCGUUCACGGUACGCGAGAACGUUGCCUAUCUUCUUGUUCAUUUUGAAACAAUCUUCACUCGUCGAUUGAUGUGAAAAGGAAUGGAAAGAGGCCGGCCCAUGGAAUGAAUAGUGAAUCUUAAGCCAAGUGAAGAGAUUGACGGGGGGUGAUGACUUGAUUGAUAGGAACCACCAUAGUGCUAUUUGCGUGGAUGUGAUAUUCU